AUGGCCGAGAAUGAUACGUCCAGGAGUGGGCUGCCGCUCCCCGCGCAGGACCCCCUUGCCCGGGAACUAGUCCAGGACGUUGUUCGGGACGGUGUCUUGGUACCGCUGAAGACGACCCUUGAGCUACGAGAUGACUACCAAACAGGGCAUGUGCUUAUUACUCGCACGCCCACCAAGUCAGCCAACCCGGCCAUCCUCCUGCUCCGAAACAUGCUGCCAGACGAGAUCAUUAAGGGUGUCCCUCAUCUACGCAGAUGCGCCAAGCCGUCGGAUCUGCCAGCUCACCUCAAGGCACAGUUCAUGAACGAGUCUGCACAGAGCCGGCAAAUACACACGGGCAAGUCCAAUUGGAUCUACGUAAUAGUUGGCCCAGAAAAUAUGCUCAACCGCGAGGAAAUCAUCAGGGGCCUGUCGACGAUAGAGGGCAUGGAAGAGCAGGUGUUUCUCAGGCGAAUUCCGGUUCCCAUGGUGUCACCGACCUCACAGGUUCAAGCGGCCAUGUGGUCGCAACAAUUUUGGCCCGCCUUAUAUCGAAAGAAUAAUCCGCUGGGGCCACAUCCGUCCAUGAUUGCCCGCCAGACCGAGGAAAUCGCCGACGAUGUUGCGCUUUGGAUGACGCUGGCGCACAAAGUGGCCAAGGAAACCCAUGAGAGGGCCUACGGGGAACCCAUAGGCGCGUGUAUCAUCCAACGGGAAGAGGGCCGGACUACCCUCGUUGCAUUGGCUGGGGAUUCCCGUUGGAGCCCCCGCGGCAAGGUCGGCUGCACCGGAAAUCCUAUGGCACAUGCGGCCAUGCGUGCUAUGAGCAUCGUGGCGCAAAAGCUGGUCCGGGCCGAAAACCGGAAAACACAAACCUCACAGGCGCCCAUCCUCGAGUUCGAAGCGUUCCAGGACAGUCCGAUUCUUGAAGACGAACAGAAGGUCUUUGAGCUGGAGCACCCCAACCCAGACGGCUAUCUAUGCCACGGGCUCGAGAUGUACCUGACACAUGAGCCGUGUGUCAUGUGUUCGAUGGCCAUCCUCCAUUCGCGCAUGGGCAAAGUUGUCUUCCGUCAUCGUAUGCCGUUGACGGGCGGGCUCUGCGCUGAGGACCGUGGCAGCGAACACCCUUCUCUCAACGGUGCCGAUGGCGGCCGUGGGCUGGGCCUCUUUUGGCGCCGCGAGUUGAACUGGAGCAUGGUCGCCUGGGAAUGGGAGUCCAACGGCUCCCUGAAGCCGUUUGAGGUGGACAAGGCCAUACAUGCUUAG